AUGGCCGCACCUGUACACAGCACCUUUGCCUUGUUCAUGUGUGCAGCGCUCAACGCAUUUCCUGCACUGGGCGACGAGCUGUAUGCAACAAACGACUGCUCAAAAGUAGACACGAGGGAGCUGAAGAGUGCUGUCGCAGCACUGGCCGGCCAGAACAGCGAGGCGUUUGGUGACCGCGACAGCCGACAGGAGGUGGCUGUUCUGGCGCGGUGGGCCGGCCAAGCAGCUGUUGAGUCUGAGCAGUCGACUGUGUUCCAGCAGCUGGCGGCGCGGAUGCCCCUGGCCACACGGCUGCUGAUGGCUGGACUCGACAUAGGAUCAACACAUGCCGCGAGCGAUUAUUGUGCAGCGCUAAAGGAAGGCUGGCUGAUGAGCGACACUCGGAAACUGUGUGCGCCCAGCGUUGUUCUUUCCAGCGGACGGCGAAUCCCGGUUCAUGCGUUGUGCAGGGACGGCAUGGUGGACUUUGGAUCCUGCAUAGAUGUCCAGAGCGCGCGUAUGAAGCAGGCAAAGAUCGAGGCCGCCCAGGCGCGUGUGCGGACGAUGGGGUCGGUGGUGGGUGGGAUUCGUCGAGAGAACGAUACGGCCGGGUGCAAGGACAUUGCGGACUCGCUUCACAUGCUCAGGCGCUGGAUAGAGUCGCCAGCGAUGGGGGAGCUUGCGGAGAGCGGGGUCGACACUCGGCACGAUGCAGUUACCAGUGCCCUGGCGAAAAUGGAUGCAUGGCAGGGUAUCCUCGACACAGUUGAGGCGCGGGAGCAGAGCGCCAGAGAGACUUUGGAUGCGCUGCAGCGGCCGGCGUUGUAUGUGCUGCGGGCAUUUCUGCUGGAGGACACAAUGGUCCAGGCCGACAGCCCGACACGGUUCUCGGUGGUUCGGCGCUAUGGCAAGGCAGCCGGCAGCAGCAACUACUCGGUUCUGAAUGCCGAUGGCGUGUGUGUGCCGGUGCGCGCGUCGGACUUGCGCGGGGUGGUCGUCGAGUGCAUGUGGGUGUGUUGCGGCGUUGACGCAGAGUGCGGAGCAGACUUGGAGAACGGCGGAAUCAACGUGGUGGUGGCGGAUCCUGACGACGAGAUCUGCUGCAAGGUGUGCGCUGGCCACGAGUCGCUGGGCUACGACAAGAUCGUGAUCUGCGACAGCUGCGACUAUGCGUUCCAUCAGCUGUGCCAUGCGCCGGUGGUCAUGGAGCAUGAGCUGGCCCACGACACAUGGUACUGCAGCGACUGCGCACAGGCCAUCAAGACGAGCAGAGGCGCGAAGCGGCCGCGCCUGGAGUAG